AAUGGCGGCGCGGUGGAGCGCCAGGCUGUUCUGCAUUUUCUAACUUUUUCCACUUUGACCACCCCUCCGUCUUCCUCUGAUGUGUGGGAAGAGACUUCAUCUUGUGUGGUCUCCUCUUCAUCACCCUCACUGUCACUGCUACUGGAGUCCUGAUCUCUUAGUUGUUGGAUAGCUUGUCGCUGACUGCCACGGUCUCCAGGAAAAUCAGUUUUCAUCAUCGCCUGGCGGGCUUGCUCUUCUAGCCCAGCAAAUACUUGAUCCCAGUGAACUUUAUUUGGAUUUGUCUGUUUCCGACGGGACAUGUUUCCCUGAUCCAACAGCUCUGGCUUUUCCCAGUUUCAUGACUGGAUGUUACUACCUCCUUGCAAGGUGCUGACCAAAGAAGAAAGAAACCGCAAAUGGCAAAGACAGGCCUCCACAGGAAGUGGCAAAGGAAGCAGCUUUCAGGCAGUCUUCUAUCAUAUCUCCAGCUCUGGUGCAGUUCCCACGGAGCAAAGUAAACUCGCCUGAAUCCCAGGUGUCAUUUGCAGACAGUAAAACUAAACUGUCAAGGAAUUCAUACUGUUCGGUACUUGUUAUUUGGACCAGCUUAAGGAGUCUUUGACAUAUCAGAUCAACUGGCAACAGAAAAUGAAAAGUAGCGUGGCACAAAUAAAGCAUUCUUCUAGUCAUGACAGAAGGGAAAACUAUAAUUCAUAUCAGAGGACCUCCUCUCCAGAAGACAGAUACACGGAACAAGAAAGAUCCCCUCGGGAUAGAGAUUACUUUGAUUACAGCAGGUCAGACUACGAGCAUUCAAGAAGAGGACGUUCUUAUGAUGAUAGCAUGGAGUCACGAAGUAGAGACCGAGAAAAACGCAGAGAAAGAGAUGUGGAUCGGAAAAGGUCCCGGAAAUCUCCAUCUCCUGGGAGAAGAAGCCCAGAACCAUUGGUAACCCAGAGUUCCUCUGCUCAGGAUGAACCUACUGCAAAGAAGAAGAAAGAGGAGCUGGAUCCUCUUCUUACUCGCACUGGUGGAGCAUAUAUUCCUCCUGCAAAGCUCAGGAUGAUGCAAGAACAGAUUACAGAUAAAAACAGCUUAGCAUACCAGAGGAUGAGCUGGGAAGCCCUAAAGAAGUCCAUCAAUGGUCUGAUCAACAAAGUCAACAUUUCCAAUAUUGGUAUUAUUAUUCAAGAACUUCUUCAAGAAAAUAUAGUUAGAGGAAGAGGCCUGCUAUCCAGAUCCGUUUUGCAAGCACAGAGUGCUUCUCCAAUCUUCACCCAUGUUUAUGCAGCAUUAGUGGCAAUUAUCAACUCAAAAUUUCCACAAAUUGGAGAAUUAAUCCUCAAAAGGCUAAUUCUUAAUUUUCGAAAAGGCUAUCGGAGAAAUGAUAAGCCACUUUGUCUGACGGCUUCAAAAUUUGUGGCACAUCUUAUUAACCAAAAUGUGGCUCAUGAAGUUUUAUGCUUAGAAAUGCUCACUUUGCUCCUGGAAAGACCAACAGAUGAUAGUGUUGAAGUAGCUAUUGGUUUUCUUAAGGAAUGUGGUCUCAAAUUAACACAAGUGUCACCAAGAGGAAUCAAUGCUAUAUUUGAACGCCUUCGAAACAUUCUCCAUGAGUCUGAAAUUGACAAAAGAGUUCAGUAUAUGAUUGAAGUGAUGUUUGCUGUAAGGAAGGAUGGAUUCAAGGACCACCCUGUUGUCCUAGAAGGACUUGACUUAGUUGAAGAAGAUGAUCAGUUCACGCAUAUGCUCCCUCUGGAAGAUGACUAUAAUCCAGAAGAUGUUCUUAAUGUUUUCAAGAUGGAUCCUAAUUUUAUGGAGAAUGAAGAGAAGUACAAAACUAUUAAGAAGGAAAUUCUUGAUGAAGGAGAUAGUGACUCAAACACAGACCAAGAUGCUGGGAGUAGUGAAGAGGAGGAGGAAGAAGAGGAGGAAGAGGGAGAAGAAGAUGAAGAAGGACAAACGGUGACUAUUCAUGACAAAACAGAAAUUAAUCUAGUCUCAUUUCGUCGUACAAUUUAUCUUGCUAUUCAGUCAAGUUUAGAUUUUGAAGAGUGUGCUCACAAGUUGCUGAAAAUGGAGUUUCCUGAGGGUCAAACAAAAGAACUCUGCAACAUGAUACUUGACUGCUGUGCCCAACAAAGGACAUAUGAGAAAUUUUUUGGCUUAUUAGCUGGGCGAUUUUGCAUGCUAAAAAAAGAAUACAUGGAAUCCUUUGAAAGUAUAUUCAAAGAACAAUAUGAUACCAUCCAUCGCUUGGAAACAAACAAAUUGAGAAAUGUUGCUAAGAUGUUUGCUCACCUCUUAUACACCGAUUCACUUCCAUGGAGCGUUCUUGAAUGCAUAAAGCUGAGUGAAGAAACCACUACGUCCUCCAGUAGAAUUUUUGUGAAAAUAUUUUUCCAAGAACUGUGUGAAUACAUGGGUCUUCCUAAACUUAAUGGAAGAUUAAAGGAUGAAACUCUACAGCCAUUCUUUGAAGGAUUAUUACCCCGAGAUAACCCAAGAAACACUCGGUUUGCCAUCAACUUCUUUACUUCUAUAGGUCUUGGAGGUUUAACGGAUGAAUUGCGUGAGCAUCUCAAAAAUACACCAAAGGUCAUCGUGGCACAAAAACCAGAUGUUGAACCAAAUAAAUCCUCCCCCUCCUCUUCCUCCUCUGCGUCCUCCUCCUCGGAGUCUGACUCCUCUGCCUCUGGUUCGGACAGCAGUGACAGCAGUUCAGAGUCUUCUAGUGAAGAAAGCGAUUCUUCAUCCACCGGCAGUCAGAGCUCAGCCUCAGAUAAAGAUGUAAGAAAGAAGGGGCAAGGGAACCACAGAAGGAAAGAAGUAAAUAAAUUGAUCAGGAAACAACACACGAAUGAUAGGAAACAAGAAGAAAGGAGACCAGAGCAACGGCACCAGGAAACGAGGACCGAGAGAGAAAGGAGGUCAGAGAAACCCAGAGACAGAGAUUCAAGAGAUCCCGUAACAAAGUACACUUCAGACAGAGGGCUUCCUUCUGAGCGAAACAGCUACAGCAGAGCCAUGAAGGACAGAGAGCAAGAAAUGUACAUGGAUUUGGAACAUAAUCUUGGGGAUCCCAAAAAGAAAAGAGGAGAGAGAAGAAAUUCUUUCUCUGAAAAUGAGCGCAAAUACCGAAAUAAGGACAGUGAGAAUUUUAGAAGAAAGGAUAGGUCCAAGUCAAGAGAAAAGGAUAAAAAACAUUCAGCCUCUAGAAGUGAUGAAGAUAGGUAUCAGAAUGGUGCUGAGAGGCGAUGGGAAAAAUCUAGCCAAUACUCUGAACAAUCCAGAGAAUCAAAGAAAAAUCAGGACCGGCGAAGAGAAAAGUCUCCAACAAAGCAAAAAAAAUAAUUCUGCAAAAUUACAGAAACUGAACAUGCCUUAUAUUCAGUUGAAACAAAUUAUUUUUUACAUUGAUUGACAAACUUUGUAGAGAAUUCUUGUAUAAAGUACUGGUUUGUAUUUGUACAUUUAAAAAAUGUUUUCAUUUAAAAAAAUGUUUUGUAAUUGAUACAUCUCAAGGCCCUCCACAUAAAAUUAUUUGAAAAGUUUCACCAGAGAGGGAUGUAAUUCUUGCCAAUAUUUUGUUAAUAAAAUGAUCAAAUGCUCAUUGAAUCAGUGAUUUUUUUCAUUGACAAAAUUUUUUUUCUGAUAAUGUUUCCAGUUGUUCAUAGAAUUAUUAUAAUAAAUUG